CUCUUCCCUGCUUCAGAGAGCUGCUCUGUCAACACACACACACACACACACACACACACACACACACACACACACACACACACACACACACACACACACACACACACACACACACACACACACACCCUGUGGCCUGGCCUCUUCCCUGCUGCAGAGAGCUGAUCUGUCAGAGGAUUUCCUCCUGCUGCUGACACCAGGACACCAGCCACAGGCUAGGACUGAGGACUGGCACGCAGAGCCCUGCUGAGCUCAGCUUCCUGACACCCGAACACACACACACACACACACACACACACACACACACACACACACACACACACACACACACACACACACACACACACACACACACACACACACACACACACACACACACACACACUACUUGUACACAUCUAUGUAUAAACAUAAAGGCAUGAACCUACACGAUAACAAACUGGUCCUGUCUGAACCUAAAUUAUAACAAACUGGUCCUGUCUGAAUCUACAUUAUAACAAACUGGUCCUGUAUGAACCUAAAUUAUAACAAACUGGUCCUGUCUGAACCUACAAUAUAACAAACUGGUCCUGUCUGAAUCUACAUUAUAACAAACUGGUCCUGUCUGAACCUACAAUAUAACGAACUGAUCCUGUCUGAACCUACAUUAUAACAAACUGGUCCUGUCUGAACCUACAUUAUAACAAACUGGUCCUGUCUGAACCUACAAUAUAACAAACUGGUCCUGUCUGAACCUACAAUAUAACAAACUGGUCCUGUCUGAAUCUACAUUAUAACAAACUGGUCCUGUCUGAACCUACAAUAUAACAAACUGGUCCUGUCUGAACCUACAUUAUAACAAACUGGUCCUGUCUGAACCUACAAUAUAACAAACUGGUCCUGUCUGAACCUACAUUAUAACAAACUGGUCCUGUCUGAACCUACAUUAUAACGAACUGAUCCUGUCUGAACCUACAUUAUAACAAACUGGUCCUGUCUGAACCUACAUUAUAACACACUGGUCCUGUCUGAACCUACAUUAUAACGAACUGAUCCUGUCUGAACCUACAUUAUAACAAACUGGUCCUGUCUGAAUCUACAUUAUAACAAACUGGUCCUGUAUGAACCUAAAUUAUAACAAACUGGUCCUGUCUGAACCUACAAUAUAACAAACUGGUCCUGUCUGAACCUACAAUAUAACAAACUGGUCCUGUCUGAAUCUACAUUAUAACAAACUGGUCCUGUCUGAACCUACAAUAUAACAAACUGGUCCUGUCUGAACCUACAUUAUAACAAACUGGUCCUGUCUGAACCUACAAUAUAACAAACUGGUCCUGUCUGAACCUACAUUAUAACAAACUGGUCCUGUCUGAACCUACAUUAUAACACACUGGUCCUGUCUGAACCUACAUUAUAACGAACUGAUCCUGUCUGAACCUACAUUAUAACAAACUGGUCCUGUCUGAACCUACAUUAUAACACACUGGUCCUGUCUGAACCUACAUUAUAAUGAACUGAUCCUGUCUGAACCUACAUUAUAACAAACUGGUCCUGUCCGAAUCUACAUUAUAACAAACUGGUCCUGUAUGAACCUAAAUUAUAACAAACUGGUCCUGUCUGAACCUACAAUAUAACAAACUGGUCCUGUCUGAACCUACAAUAUAACAAACUGGUCCUGUCUGAAUCUACAUUAUAACAAACUGGUCCUGUCUGAACCUACAAUAUAACGAACUGGUCCUGUCUGAACCUACAUUAUAACAAACUGGUCCUGUCUGAACCUACAAUAUAACAAACUGGUCCUGUCUGAACCUACAUUAUAACAAACUGGUCCUGUCUGAACCUACAUUAUAACAAACUGGUCCUGUCUGAACCUACAUUAUAACACACUGGUCCUGUCUGAACCUACAUUAUAACGAACUGAUCCUGUCUGAACCUACAUUAUAACAAACUGGUCCUGUCUGAACCUACAUUAUAACAAACUGGUACUGUCUGAACCUACAUUAUAACACACUGGUCCUGUUUGAAUCUACAUUAUAACGAACUGAUCCUGUCUGAACCUACAAUAUAACAAACUGGUCCUGUAUGAACCUACAUUAUAACAAACUGGUUCUGUAUGGCUCAGUUGACAGAGCAUAUCGAUUGCAACAGUAGGAUUGUGGGUUCGAUUCCCAGGUCCACCCAUACGUAGAAAUGUAUGUUGCUUUGGAAAAGUGUCUGCUAAAUGUCAUACACAUAAUAUAUUAAAACAUACAGUGCGCCAAGCUGUAUUCUACUAUCUACCCAGAUGCCCCUUUGAAUUACUACACAUUAGAUCCCUGAUAAGGGGAAGGGGGGAAACCUAGUCAGUUGCACAACUGAAUGCAUUCAACCGAAAUGUGUCUUCUGCAUUUAACCCAACCCCUCUGAAUCAGAGAGGUGCGGAGGGCUGCCUUAAUUAACGUCCACGGGGGCUCGGAGAGCAGUUGUUGUUGGGGGUUAACUGCCUUGCUCAAGGGAAAAACUGAAGGUUUUUCCACCUUGACAGCUCGGGAAUUCAAACCAACAACCUUUCGGUUACUAGGCCCAAUGCUCUUAACCGUUAGGCUACCUGCUCUUAACCGUUAGGCUACCUGCUCUUAACCGUUAGGCUACCUGCCGCCAAAGUUAAAGAGGAACUGAUGAAGGAUGCUUCUGUAGAAGCACCUCUAUCUACAGUAUCUCUGUGAGGCAAUGCUCUGUCUGGCCCCAAGGGCCUGGCUGUCUCCGAUCUACUGACUAGUAGAUUAGUUGGAAGAGAUAGUUGCUGAAUUGUGGUCAUAAUGUGUUGCUAUACGCUUCAUAUAACUGACUGUUACUGCAGACCCUGAAUAAAGUAUGACAUGUUCAAAGAUUUCAAUUUGAACAUACAUUUGUUUAUGUUUUUGAGAGACCAGAGAGUAUCUGUGAUGGCUUAUAGUGUGAAAGAGGUUUGUAUUGAAUGUAUGCACUCUCCCUUGUACCACCAUGUGGGUUGGCUCAAACCACACAACACCCACUUCCUGUAGAACGAGGACCUGUCAGAUAGAGCCUCCCCUCAUCAGUACAAUCCCCCUCCACCCCAGACCCCAAUGCUAUGCUGACAGACACUCACAAACACCUUGCCACUCUCAGACAUAGAGCUUGGGGCAGCGAUGGGGUAGAUCAGACACGCCUGUCUGUGGAUGGGACACACCUGCCACCUGUCUGUGGAUGUCAUGGAUCUCCAUCUCACCUCGAGGGUUCUCUGUGUCUGGCUCUGGAUCAUAGCAGGCUGGGUGAACGUACUGGGGCAUGGGCUUGUAGAUGAGGCUGUCCCUCACCUGUCAAAGAAAGAUGUGUUGUUGUUGGCUGGUGAUGCAGAUCCAAAGUGUUUUACCAGGACACAGUAUGACUUCACCUGUUUCUGGGAGACACCAGGCAACACGGCUUAUGACUUCUUCUACAGGAAUGAUAAUGAGGAAAAGGAGAAGCGGUGUAAACUGACUCUCCAGAGGACAGAGAAGGGGGAGGAAGAGGAGGAGGGGAAGGUUCUCCACAUCUGCUUCUUCCCUUGCUCUGACGUUUUCCUGUUCACGCUCACACACAUCAGAGUGGUGGAGAGCAGCUCCAACUACACACUCUUCACACGCACCAUCAGCGUUGAGGACCAGGGUCUCCUGGAACCCCCUGUGAAUGUAUCCCUUCACCCGACAGGGCAGGCUGGGCAGUUCCAGGUGGCUUGGCACGCACCAAGAGAUUGGGAGAACAACGUGCAUUAUGGGAUGCGUUAUUCUUCCCAGGGACUGAGGGAGAGGACAGAACUGAUAAAGUCCAUGAGGUCCCCCAUUCACAGCCUGGUUUCUCUGCUGCCAGGGGAGGUGGUCAGCGUCCAGCUAAGGGUCAAACCCAAUGGCUACAGUGAGACAGAGACCAGCGGUCACUGGAGCGACUGGUCGCUCCCCAUCACUGCCAUGGUACCUCAGAGCGCAGCUGAUAUCUCAUUGUUGUGUCAUACCUCUGACCUGCAAAACAUCACCUGCCAAUGGAAUGGGCAGUCCUACAGAGAUGCUACCUACACCUUAAACUACAAGCUGCGACCCAGUAAACGGGAGGGCUGGAGAAAGUGUCUGCAGAAUGAGAAGGCCUCCUACCACUGCCGUUUCCAUGGAGCGGAGUCCAGCGAGAUACUGGUUGAACUCAGUACUGGUCCUGGUUCUCUCAAACGGACCUUCUACACUGAACCCUUCAGACUCAACAACAGCAUUCAAACAGGCCCUCCAGGGAGGCUGAGGGGGCAGUGGGAGGGGGGCAGGCUGCGUCUGAGAUGGGGCACACCCCUAGUGGCUCUGUCUCUCCACCUGAUGUACCAGCUCCGCUACCAGCCUCAAGGGGAGGCCGCCUGGAAGCUGGUGACCUUGCAGGUCCCUGAGAACAGUACUUGUCUGGACGUUCAGACUGGCAGUCAGUACUUUAUCCAGGUCAGAGCCAGGCCCAACGGGUCAGUCUACGCUGGCUACUGGAGCGACUGGUCACCCCCACUCACUGUGAACACACCUUCAGAUAUAGGGGCCCUCUUCAUCCUCUGCAUUCCUCUCAUGAUGCUCAUCCUAUCAGUUGUGUUCCUCUCAAUGUUCUCCAGGUAUCUCAGUAAGCUCAAACGGUAUCUGUGGCCACCAGUCCCAAAUCUUGACAAAGUAUUGCACGGCUUCCUGACAGACAUCAGCGGCCAGACUUGGGACCCUCCCUUCAUUAUCAAGCAAUAUUCUGAGGAGACCCCAGCCUGUGUGGUGGAGAUUAUGUCUGAGAGGGAGGCUCCAGAUGGAGGGAAGCUUCCCAGGGAGUCCUCCUUACUACUCUCCCCAGAGCGAGGCUCCGCUGGUGGGGAGGAGGAAAGGCUCCCCACCCUGGCCCUGGAGCUCAGCCAGGACUACGUGACCCUGGCCACGGAUGACGUCAUCCCCUGUCUCCGAGGGAACAAGUAUGUGUAUGACGGGGAGGUGGGGGCAGAGUCUCGAAGCCUGGGGGAAGAUGAGGUUCUCCAGAUGAGGUGUCAAUGCUCCUCCAACUUCCCAUCAUCCUCCAGUACCACGGACAUCCUCAACCGCUCCUACAUGCUGCUGGCCGAGCAGCCUAUAGAGAGACUGGACUGUCAGGACAGCAGCAGGGCCAGCAAGCUCUAUGCCAACCUGGAGGGAACAAACUCAGCUAAUGUAAACACCUGAUUGGCACAGCUCAACAAGGGCACACAAACUGGACAGUUACAAAACAUCAAAACAAUAUCCAUUACAUCACUACUAAAACAGGUCCUUGCAUACAGCUUAUUAAAGAUGUAUUAUAUGAUUAAUUGGAUAAUAUAUCAAGUGCAGCCAAAUCUGGAUGAACAGAUAUGGAUUGAUAUGUUGCAGUUAUACUAUAUACUGUAAAUAUAUAUAUUUAACUUGUCACAUAUCUGUCUGUAAGGUAUAUACUGUAUUGUGCAUUCGGAAAGUAUUUAGACCCCUUGAUUUUCCCACAUUUUGUUACGUUUCAGACUUAUUCUAAAAUGGAUUACAACCUCUUCAGGAUCGGUGUUGAGCUAACGUAGGCUAAUGUGAUUAGCAUGAGGUUGUAAGAAACAAAAAAAAAUCCCAGGACAUAGACAUGUCUGAUAUGGGCGAAGUUUAAAAUGUUGUUAAUCUAACAGCACUGUCCAAUUUACAGUAGCUAUUAGAGUGAAAAAAUAACAUUACUAUUGUUUGAGGAUAGUGCACAAUUAUGAACUUGAAAAUGUAUGAAUAAACCAAUUAGGCACAUUUGGGCAGUCUUGAUACAUUUUGAAUAGAUAUGCAAUAUUUCACUGGAUCACUCUAAAACCUUGUAUAUACCGUGCUUCCAUCUAGUGGCAAAAGUCUAAAUAACACAUGGGCUGGAAUAAUACAUUAUGCCCUUUCUCUUGCAUUUCAAAGACAGUACAAAAAAAUAUGUAUUAUCUUUUACCAGAUCUAAUGUGUUAUAUUCUCCUA